CCACAGUUGCAGCUACAAUAUCAUGUCUUUGGUCUGCCGAACGGCUGUGUCUGGCAAUUGACUUUAGCAACUCAUUGCGAUAACAAUCCUGAUGGCUGAUGUACAGCUUUCAGGACAGCUUCACAUCUUCAGGACAGCUUCACAUCUUGACUCUCUCCUCCACCUUCCCAGAUGAAGACGAAUGUCUAUGCACUGAAAACGCAGCGUCUUAUUCUCUUCUUUUGUCUCAUUGGUGCCGUUCAUGCGGCCGACUUCGAUACAUGCCUCGCGGAAAUCAAACGCGGGGAUUGGGGCCUUACGGGAGGCACAGACAACGCUGGGAACCCUAUAGCCAAUAUCUCGGAGGCCAAGUCUAUCACCUACGAGCUGUGCGCGGUUGCAUGUGGAGCAGGCCCGGAACCGUUCCAGUGGAACACCUUCUCGCAGCAAUUCAGCGCAUGGCUCCUGCCCUAUCUGGCUCUCGUGGCCCAGCUGCCCUUCGGGGCCACGGACAACUUUGACAACGUCAUGAGUGUUGUGCUGUCGGUCGGAUCACCAACCUUGGCCGCAUAUUCUCUUGCGUUGACCGUACUCAAUGGACACUGGAUAGCCCGGCGCUUUUCGUCUGUGGAGAAGUAUCCGAAUGCCAAGCAGGCUGUGCAGGUGCUGAGUCGCCUGCAACAGUCCCCAUUGCUUGUGACCGAGGAUUAUGGGCUGCUCGCGUCGCUCGUGAUUCUGCCACAGAACGACCGGUGGUGGGCCGAGCUUGUUGAAUUGCUGGAGUACACUCACACGUGGAGCAUCUCGUCUGUGGCCUCUAUCAUCUGGGUUUCCAUCGCAUAUGUCUUUACGGUGAUCGACUCGUUCACGGGCACGAUUGUGUCCUCGACUCUCAAUGCUAACGGACAAGGCGUCGGAUCUGCAUAUUUAUGGCUCCUGCCAGUUGUGAUAGGCUGGCUCCAGCUAGGCCCAAAAUGCAAUUCUGUUCGUCUCAGGGGCGCUGUGAAUCGAGCUAAUGCUGAGGCAUAUCUUGCCUCCGAUCAAGGACGAGCCGUUCUGGCUGAGGACAUCACUCCUGAUCGCGCACUUUCUCUGGCACCGCGAAUGGGCUCUGUUCGACGAGACGAGAUGUGUAGCCCGCCUAUCAUGAACUACUCUCGUUGGUUAGCUUGGACACACUCGGUCGAAACGGUGUACGCCAUCUUCGAGACAGCGACGGCCCGCAGCGCUCUGCAUCAGUCGGUCGACCCUAAUGUGCCGUGGACUAAGAAUGCAGAGAGAGGAACUUCCGCCACAAUCUCUCCAGUCAAUCGAGAGGGGACGCUGCAACAGGUCACAGACUAUGCUGUGCCGCUGCCCACCAGCGCCAGGAGCCAUUGGGCACCUGGUGUCUUUUCUCGCUUCUUCGUUGCAUCUCUGAUGGCUCUCGGUCUGACCUGGAGUACGACUGGUGCUGCUGUGAUUGUUGUUUGGUUCACCCCAACGCGAGGUCUGGGAUGUCGAUCGGGCGCCUAUCUUCUGUACGGCGCGUUCUCCACGCUGAUCUGGAUUCUGCUCGUUCUUUCCAGCUUUCUGGCGCAUUAUUCGGCCCAAAGACCCAGCCGCUUUGACGACGGCGGCUUCCCCAUCUACUCACGAGCGUCCCGGAUUGCUGCCACACUUUCCAUCGUGCUUCGCCGAGUCGGCAAAGUACUUGCCGCCUGCAAUGCGAUAUGGAUCGUCGUGGCCUGCAUCUUCCAAUUUAGUUCGUUCUUCGACCGGUGUUACUGCAACAGCAGCGUGCUUCAUUUUGGAUACAAGAGGGCAUACGAUGUGAUCGACUUGGUCGCGUCGGACAUCUCGACCAUGAAAGUGGCCUGGGCGGGUGGUGUUGCCAUGGCUCUAGGGUUUUCUUUCUUAUUCAUCUUGUUUGUCAAUAUUUAUAUUAAUCCUCCCCUGGCUGCGACGUAGGUGUUAUUAACUAUUAUUCAUGUACAUUACUGUAUAUACUACGCUCGAAUAGCCCUGAGUCGCGUCUUGAGAUCUCUCGUCUGUUGACUGCCUCGUCCUUUUGAUUUCCCAAAGACAACGACGGUGCCCCGGGAUCCGGCUCGGCCGGUCCUCCCAGCCCGAUGCAGAAAGUCGAUCAUGUUUCUCGGACUUUCGACGAUGAAGACAUGCUCGAUAAGAGGCGAAAAAUCAAGGCCGCGGGAGAGCAACGAUGUCGUUAUCAUCACAUGUGGCACGUUCAUCGGGUCGUUGAGAACCGGAGUCACCUUGGCAAUCGCUUUCGUCUCGAGUUCGGUCUCAUCAGCUGGAACGGCCCGUUUCUGGGCUUCAGGCUUCAAGAAUCCCAAGAGGUGCUUGUUACUGCCCCGCGAUCGGUUUUCGCUAGAGCUAGACAGAGUGAUCGUCUUGAUACCCUUUUCUUCGAGGAAAGUCCCCAGCGCCUCGACCUUGGUGUUUCGGUUACAGAACACGAGCACUUUGCUCAUGUCGCCAGUGCUACCAGGUGCAGGCCCCCGCCCCUGGCCCGCAUCGUCGGCCCAUACUUGCCGAAGGCGUCGCUCAAUGUCAGAUAGUUUGUUUCCUCCCGUCCAAGGAACAUGCUCAAUCUGGAGCGAUUUCGGAAGCAUGUGGAGAUUUGGAGAGAUCAGUCUUUGCAUGCGGGGAUGAUAUGUGCUGAGAUACGUCGAGAGCCCAGCAGGAAUCGUGGCCGAGGUGAGAAGGAAGUUGAACGGGUAAUUCAACGGAUUCGCUGCUGGAGACUUGGCUUUUGUCGCAAGGGCUUUGCUGGCGUGAGGGACCGCCUUGGACGUCGCGAGCAAGUCGAUGGGAAGUGGCGUAAAGGCAACUUCUUGACCGCGAGCCUUGGAGAUCUCAGCCAGCAACAUCCGGGUCGUUUCCUGAAAGUCGGAGUCUAGAGAUAUUCAGCACAGAAUAGGCGAUCCAUAAUAACGCAGCAGACCAAAUAGCACAUCCGCCUCGUCAACGACAACCCACUCGAUUUGGGAGAGGUCGAGUUCUGGGCGAGACUUCCACUGUCCAAAGCCAGGUACGUUAUCCCUGCCGCGGCGAAGCCUGGGACCUCUUUCGCCAGGCUUUGUGUCCGAUUCCGAAGCGCCGCCCCCCAGUUGAACCUCACGGUCCCAUCCUCGACCGAAUACCAUCUCCAUGAUUUUCAUGGGAGUUCCGACCAAGACGUCUGCAGGCGCAGAUGUAGACAAUUCUUUUUUGAGCACUGAGAAUUGAGAGUCGGCCUGCGCCGAGGCAGCGAGAAGCUCGGCUUUCAUCCGGCUAGCGCUGUUCGUCUUGGCAAUACUCGCUCCAUCGAUGUUCGCCCGGGAAACGCAUUUCACUCGGAGUUUGAUAUCGUGAACAAGUGACUUGGCGGCGCUGCUGAGCUGGCGAGCGAGUUCGUGUGUCGGCGCUAAAACAAGCGCUCGAGGACCCGACGGGACUGUCUUCAGGCUGGACAUGCGGGCGCUAUAUACAGGCUCACUAAGCUUGAGAGACUGCAGCAGGGGAAGAAGAUAGGCAAAGGUUUUGCCAGACCCUGUUUCAGAGGCAAGGAGAUAUUCCGAGUAUUCGUGAGCCGCGCUAUCUGUCGCCGGCACCAGAGAGUCAGACGACUCCAAGGGUGGCGUCCAGGGUUGGAGUACCCAUUUCAAGCUGAGGGCCUGGAUCGGAGUUGGGGGUAGAUUACCACCGCCAAGGACAUCAUUUAGACAUUGAUGCAGACCAGGGAGCAAAGGUGGCGAAGUAAAGCGUCUGGGAACGUCAUGCUUCUCCGACAUGGCGUCGCUAUACGACUUCGAACCCGUUUUGGAGUCCGCUUUGACAAUGAUGGGAACGCCGGCAUGCGAGAGAUAUUCAGGAGGAUUGUAGAAAGCUGGGGGCUCGUCCGGUUCACGCCUGGAAGUCGUGCGACGAGGAUGCGACGGUCUAGGCGCAGCAGCAUCGGACGGGAUGAUCAUGGGUGCGUUUCGAUUCUUCAAUGUCGGGAUUGGGUCACGGUGAAGGUCUUCAUCCCAUUCCUCGUCGGAACGCUGUCUGAACGGCGGCGAAGACCAGCGUUGUCGGCUGCUCUCCCCACCAUACGUGCGCGAAUAGCUCCCGCGUCCAGGCGCAUGAGAGCUACCCAUUUCAUUAUCCCACUUUCCCUGUCUGCUCUGAUCGCGUCCAGUCCAUGGGCGAGGAUAUUGUCGUAUGGGUGACCGUGCGUCGUACUCCAGUUGUUGUCCUUGGCUUUGGAAUGAAUCCGGCCUUGAAUCUCGUGUAAAUGCCGGACGUUGAGGCCGUCUUUGAGCUACAGAGUCGCCGUUUCAAUAUAGGCAAACUUAAUAGACAUGUCAAACACCUGUUGAGCCUGUGUCUCGUCGUACCAGAUUCACGGCCGACGAGUGGAAUAGCACAUUUCGAACGCGGAAGGACACUUGCACUCGUGAAGAUGGAGAAGCAUGCAGUCGAACUGCAAGCUACGUAUGUGCUUUGAUAGAGCCCUAGAGGACGU